AUGCUAUUUGCCAUUUGGAGAAAUGGGGGGGUACGCUGUGCAGCGUUCUGCCGUGCAGGAGGGCUGUGGUCUGAGCAGAGACUAAAGCAGCUUUCGACUUUUCUGGGUUUACUUCAGUUGCACAUUUUUACAUAUUAAUACUUUAUUUUUAGGGUAUGCUAUGACCGGCUUCAGGCUCCCCAUCACUGCGUUUAGAAAACUACAUGUCUGGUUUGGACUGUGGGAGAAAGUCCCUUCUAAUAAACUGUGUCCCUCUUGGAGGAGAAGCAUAUUCUGUAGCUGUCAAGAAAGCACAGUAAACUACAGAAGAUGUUUCAGCUUUUCCCCAGUAAACCUCUGUGCACUAAGACUUUCUCCAGAGUGUAUCUCAGUACUUUCACUGCGGAACAAAAGUAACAAAAGCUCAAAAAGGAACAGACAAACCAUACAAGAAGAAGAGGAAGAAGAGGAUGAAGAUGAAGAGGAAAGCGAUUUGGAAGAUGAAUUUGAAAAUGACCCCAACAUAGUAAAAGAUUACAAGGAUCUUGAAAAAGUAGUGCAGUCUCUUCGUUAUGAUGUGAUCAUGAAAGCUGGUCUAGACGUUGCAAGAAAUAAAGUAGAAGAUGCAUUCUACAAUAAUGAACUCAGGCUGAAUGGAGAAAAACUAUGGAAGAAAAGUAGAACUGUGAAAGUUGGUGACACGCUGGAUCUCAUAAUAGGUGAAGAUAAAGAAACAGGAACUGCUGUAGUUAUGCGGGUAGUCUUAAAAAAAGUAUCUAACAAAACUGAAAGUGAAAAAUACAAAGUAAUUUUGAGGCGUUGGAAAAACUUAAAAGUGCCCAAACAGGAUGUACUUAAGUAACAGGGGGUUGCAUGUGGCAGCAUAAGAUUUUUGCAGAAAACCAUAUUUGUUGUUAAAUAUUAAUUUUGGUUAAACAAAAUUACAGUACCCUUUUUUAAGGGCUUGUGUCAGAAUGUUCUCUCCCUCUGCUGUGUACAUCAAUAUUCAUGCAAUAAGCCUGUCAGUUUUUGCAGUUAGUUUUGUUUCAUGGUACUGUGGGAUAAAAGAUCCAACCCUUACAUUUCCAGGCAGUUUCCUUACAGAUGUUAUAAAUAAUGAACCAAUAAAGAGUGAUUUGAUCACU